AUGUUUUGGGUUUAUUUUGUUUCUAUAGUUUUGGAUGGAUGUGUAGUAUUAUUCCUGGACAUCGACAACUUAUAUCUGAAUGGUCAUACUGAGUUUUUGACAUCUUUCAUGAAAUCUGUUACUUGUAUAUAAAAUCAAGUAUAUUCCCAAAUAUUAAAAAGGCAAUCCUUUGGAUAAAACAUGAAUACCUCAUCUCUACAUCUCAACUAUUGGUGAUUAAAAAGAUUAGGAUAAGAAUACCUACAUACAAGCACGAAUGUUCGAAGUAUGUCUUUUAAUUAUUAGAAAAUUUUAAAUACAGAAUUUUUAAUAAUGAAACUUAUUGUUUUGAUGGUAUUUAUAACUUGGACAGAAAUUAACAAAAUAAAGUUUAUAUUUUCAUAUAAUUUCCUCCAUCAGAUACAUAAUAUAUACAAACCUUACUUGGUUAAAUAUUAUAAUAACUAUCCUACACCAAUAAACAUGGUUUGGAGAGAAGAUAAAUAGAUUUCAGGAUGAUUUAAUAAUAAUAAUGGUAAACAAGAAGAAAAUUGGUAGAAACUUUCAAAGGUUACAAUAAACAUGAUUUGCCUUUGUUUAUUUAAUUUUGUUACAAAUAUUUAACUGAAAUUCCCAAAAUAAAGCUUGGUUCAAUAAAUAUUUUCUUAUAAUUAAAAUUAAAUAAUUUUAAUAGAGUUUGA